AAAAUGGCUGCGCUGACCGCGGAGAACUUUGCAGCGCUCCAGAGCCUGCUGAAGGCCUCCUCGAAAGAUGUUGUCAGACAGCUGUGCCAAGAGAGCUUUUCCAGUUCAGCCCUUGGCUCGAAAAAACUCUUGGAUAUCAUCUGUUCCAGCUUGUCUGUGACCCAGGAGGAGGCCGAGCAACUGCUCCAGGCUCUGCACCGCCUCACCAGGCUGGCGGCGUUCCGGGACCUGUCCUCCGCCGAGGCCAUUCUGGCUCUCUUUCCUGCCAGUUUCCACCAGAACCUCAAAAACCUGCUGACCAAGAUCAUCCUAGAACACAUAUCCACUUGGAGAGCGGAAGCCCAAGCAAAUCUGAUCUCUCUGCCACGCCUGGUCGACCUGGACUGGAGAGUGGACAUCAAAACCGCCUCAGACAGCAUCAGCCGCAUGGCCGUCCCCACCUGCCUGCUCCAGAUGAAGAUCCAGGAAGAUCCCAGUCUCUGCAGGGACAAACCCUUCGUCUCAGCUGUCACCAUGGAGCUGAGUAAGGAAACGCUGGACACGAUGUUAGAUGGGCUGGGCCGCAUCCGAGACCAGCUUUCUGCCGUGGCCAGCAAGUGACCCCGGCCAGCUGCCAGCCCCACCGCCAGGCCCAGCUGCUGUCAGCCACGGAAUGCCUGCCCACACCAGGCGGGCUGCCUGGUCACAGCAGCUGCAGCCGACAGCAGGCGAGAUGGGGGACGGACAGGGUCUGCCAUCCAGCGGGUGCAGUUGGAUUGGGAGGAAGCAGCCACGCCCCCAGGCUGUUCUCCGGAGCUGGUGAGCAGAAGCCUUCACCUUUGCGGCUCCUGCAUGCGACUGUUACGGCUGUGGCGGUGUAAGGGUGCUUGUUGGAAAAUUCCGGCCCCGCAUUGGGGAGCUUGUCUAACCAGUGGUUUCCAGCAUUGGCUCUGAUGAGUUCAUGCCCAGCCCGGGACACACGGAGGGAAUUGGGUGGGUGAUGCCAGCAGCUCCUGCUUCCUGUCCGAGAAGCCAGCAGAUCCGCAGCGCAGGUCACCGCAGUGGGGCCACCUGCCCCGAGUCCAGAGCCUUCCCCAGCUCCCUGGGCACAGGAGGCCUGAAGCGGGCGCAGAUUCCCGGCACGGAGCGGGCCCUUCCUUGGCAGAGUGCAGCCACUGCAGGGCGAUGGAGUGGGAGGGACGGAAUAAACAGCUCUGCAGACUUCGUGGUCGGGGCCGCCUCUCGUCGCUUCGUCCUGAGCCCGGGUUUGUUGCUUGAGCUAGUGCUGCCUCCUGUGUAAGGGUGACCCCAGCUUCCUGAUCCCGGCUAAGCCCAUGGCCACCGUGUGACCUGAAGCCGCGUGUGGCCCUCACCACCUUCCAGGGGCCUGUCUGCCCUGGAGAGCGACAGCGAGGUGGACAGUGUGCUUGUCACGAGGGGUGA